ACAAGGUGGGUAAAAACAGCUGACAAAAAUUUGUUUCUUCCUUGAACCUUUUUAAACAGUUUCCUUUAAAAAUUAAACAAGUUUGUACGUCAUAAUGAACUUUGUCCACAUAAUGGAUUAGAAAUUUAACAUGACUAUUUGAAAUGGAGAAAGAAAUAAAAAACCAAUCACCAACAGCAUACGAACCAUGUGCCUCUAGUACACCAAGAGUGCCAAAAAAAGGAAUACUCAAUGAUAAAAGGCGAAACAGCGGUUUGUCAGAAAAUGCUAUAGAAUCAGAUGACUCAAAAAAUGAUACAAGUAUUACCAAAAAAACCUUCUGCACCCCCAAAAUAGAAGCCAGCUUUGUUUUGUGUUGUGGAUUUUUAUGCUUUGGAUCAUCCAUGGCAAUUAUAGGUCCAACCGUUUUGGAGCUAGGAUGCCUCACUGGCGAAGAUGUCGGGCAAAUGAGUUGGGUUUUCUUUGCUCAAACCAGCAGUGCUCUCAUGGGUGCUAUAUUUAGUGGAGUCAUUACAGACCGUUUUGCCAUUAAUUAUAACGUAUUUUUAGCAGCCGUUAUGUCAUUCCAUGCAGUAGCACUAGCUAUUUUACCAAUGAUGCGAGUGUUAGGUACACUUUUGCUUUUGACUGCACUUCAUGGAUUAUUUGGAGGAUUUCAAGACACCGCAACGAACCUUAGAAUGAUCAUUAUGCAUGGCCAGGAAGUACCUCCUUAUUUACAGACCUUAUUUUUUUUCUAUGGUUUAGGAGCAUUUUUGAGUCCAAUUAUUGCUGGUAGGUUUUUGAGUGAAGAAUGUAACAAUGGGUUUACUGAUGAUUUAAUGGAGUUUGCAUUUGUUAGACGUCGGCGGCAUAAUAUGAUUGGAGUCAACCAUUGGAUUAAACAUAGCAAAAGUUCUGAGAUUAUGCUAUCUUUAAAUGCUACCUCACAACCAGCAUCGGUUCUUCCAAAAAUAACGAGUACUCGCGUACAUUAUGCGUAUUUCAUAAUUGCUGCAAUUCACAUAACCGUAACAUCAGGGUUGUGGUAUCUAUUUUAUGUAGAUCGUAAAAGAGAGCAGGAAGAACGAAGAAGAAGCUUAUCAGAUAGCGAAGAAGACUCUGUUGCUUCUCUUAGUGACGAUUCUCUUUCCCGUAGUGAAAGAAGCGAAAUUGAUCCAAAUAUAAAAUCUCAGGUUUUAUGCAUCAGUUUUUGGAUUGCAUCCAUGGUUUUUAUAUCAGACGGAUUGCAAGGUUCCUUUGGAAGCUAUAUUUAUACAUAUGCUAUUAAAAGCAACAUUGGCAUCUCGCACGACGACGCAGCCUAUUUAAAUAGCUUGUUUUGGGGAGCUUUAGCUGCAGGAAGACUUUUAGCAAUUUUCGUAUCAAUGUACGUUUCUCCUCGUAUAAUGCUUCUCGUAGAUAUCAUAGGAUGUUUAUCUUCAAUAUUGCUAAUGUUUCUGUUCAGAUUUCAAGCAAUAUCGCUAUGGAUUGGUACAGCAACUUUCGGUCUUUGCUUGAGCAACAUAUUUCCAACUAGCGUUUCAAUGGCAGAAAGUUAUUUUAGAUUGACCGGCACAAUAACAUGUUUUUUUGUUGUUUGUUCUGGAAUGGGUGAAAUGACAAUCCCUCUACUGAUCGGUAAACUAUUUGACAUUAUUGGUCCAACAAGCUUUUUAGUAAUAAGCUGCAUUCUGUGUUUUGCAUCGUUCGGUAUAUAUGCUGCUGUUAUCAUCACUGGUCAAGGAAUAUCUCGAGCAAUAGAGGAAAGUCGGAGAUCAUCGUUAACUAUCUCUUCUAAAAACUCACCAGUAAAUAAACCUAAAUUACCGCAAGAACAAGCAGAGACACAUCACUUUAAUAGUGAAGACUUAACUAGCUCAGAAAAAAAACCUAUCUAAAUUUUUUAAAUUUAUCUAGAAAUAUUAUUAGCAAUUUAUUGUAGCAAAAAAAAAAAAAAAAAAAAAAUAGUUUGAUAUUAUUAAAUAGGUACUAAUUCACACAAACUAACAUAAAUGCAAUGUUUUUAUACUAUUUUAUAUAGUAAUUUCUAUAAAUUAUUAUUAAUAAUAAAAGACAGUAAAGAAUUAAAACUGAGAUUAAUAAUAAACUUAAACUUAUAAAAAUAUUUUCAAAUUUUAUAUUAUUAGAUGAGUAAAAAUUUUUCA